AGUUCCAGGACAGCCACGGACGGCUAGGGCUACAAAGAGAAACUCUCUUGUAAAACGUGUGCGUAUGCAUGUGUAUAAACACACACACACACACACACACACACACACACACACACACACACACACGCUCGAGAAAAAAAACCCAAACAACAAACCAAUCAAUCAAACAAAAAGUAGCCAGUUACAGUUUGCUAUACAGAGGACAAAGCCAGCUUCGCUGUCUGCCCCUUUUCAGACUCCCACAGGAUCCUAGAGCCAAUUCUUGCUUCACAAGAAGUACCUCUCUGGGCUAUACAUGUGGGCUUUCAUCCUGUGAAUUGGAUACGUAUUCCUUGACAGCAGUGCCAUAGCUUUAGGAGUGGGGAACAAGCUAGCAGAAAAGGAACCGCGUGAAUUCAUUAUGUAAGAACGAGCCCCAGCAGUAGAAGAUGACUUGAAUUGUUUAUACGAAACAAGGCAGCCCAAAAGACUGAGCAAUAGUUAUACAGCACUGGAAAUGUUUGAAUAGAGAAAUUUCUGCCCCUUGGUUCCAUUUUCUUAGGACUGGAGAGACGUUAUUGCCUGAUAGAGGGCCCUGUGGUGACUUUUUUUUUUUCCUUGGUGCUGUGUAACAAAGUAUGUAGUAGCUUAAAACAACCAGGAGAGUGGAGCAUGACAACACACACGUGAGCCUAAACAUGUAGUGCAGAAAAGGCUGAGGCAGGAAGUGUUGAGGCUGGCGUAAGAUCCUGUCUUGAAACCAAACCAACCAACCAACCAACCAACCAACCAACCAACCAACCAACCAACCAUCAUCAUCCCCUCGAGAGUUCCCCUGAGAUCCUCUGAAACAGAGUAGCUGGUUGCCUCUGACUCAGGCUUGAGGCUGCAGGAAAGCUCUGCUUGGGACUGUUGCCCUUUCAGGGGAAGCUGAGGCAGGGACUCUGCUUCUCAGCUGGCUUACGUGGUGCCAGUGGGCCUUUCCAUUACCUAGCUGAAUGUCUGAGAGCACCCAGGAUGGAAACCAGUUCUCAUAACUCAGAAAUGACAGCCUAUCAUUUUGCCAUAUUCUGUUCACUGAGAGUGUCACUAGUGCAUACACAUGCACGACUUUAAAUCCCCAGACUGAGAGGCCGAGGCAAGCAGAUUUCUGGGUUUGAGGUCAGCCUGGUCUAGGACAGCUAGGGCUACACAGAGAAAAACCAAACCAAAAUACCACCACCCCUUCCCCCCUGCCCCCUACACAGACAAAUGUCACUAGUUCUAGCUAUCACAAUAGACAGGAUUACCCAGCAUGGCCUGGGUACCUAGAAGUAGGGCCCAGUCAAGGCCGUCUUAGAAACCACUAUACUGCAGGUCCGGCUUCUGGAACUUUAGCCUGGGGAAUUGUCCUAGAUGUAUUUCUUCUAUUGGGGGCUAUCCUUAGGCUCAGAUGCUCCCCGAAUGUCCAUCCUUCAGUCUAUUUCCCUCCUACUUGUGUGGCCUCAGUGGUGUUUCCAGGAUCUCAGAUCCCUCUCCCUCUCAGGAAGGUAUCUCUGGAGGGGAACCCAAUACCAGAGCAGUCCUUUAGUAAGCUGAUGGGACUGGACAGCACGAUUGUUCACUUGUCUCUGAGGAACAACAACAUCAACGACCACGGGGCGCAGCUCCUGGGCCAGGCGCUGUCCACACUGCAGAACAGCAACCGAACCCUGGUUUCACUGAACCUAGCAUUCAACCACAUCGGGGAUGUGGGCGCAGGCUACAUUGCGGAUGGCUUGAGGCUGAACCGCUCUCUCCUCUGGCUGUCCCUAGCGCACAACCACAUUCAAGACAAGGGAGCACUGAAGCUGGCCGAGGUCCUGCGCCCCUUUGAGCUGACCCACAGGGAGGUGGUGGAGCGGCGGCGCCUGCUGCUGGUGAAAGGAACGCAGGAGCGGUCUCGAUCGCCUUCCUCCUCCCGAUACGGGGACUCCAAAGCAGAACGUGAGAAGUCUCAGACGUUGGGGAUCAGCAAUGUCACUUUGGUGGACAAGCAAGAAAAGAUGCAGUCACUGAAAGCCCCUAAGACCAUAAGCAAGAAAAAGGAGAAGACAGGGGAAGUUGUCAAGAAGGAAGAGAAGCUGGGCUCUGGGCAGUCACCCACACAAGGAACCCCUAAGAAAGAAGAUGCCGCAAAGGCAGGCAAGGGGAAGGUAACCAUCCCUGAGCAGAAGAUGAGCAAGGGAAAAGCGACAAAGAUGGGGGCCAAAGAGAAGCGCAGCAUCCUCCUGGAGUCAGAACACCUGGGACACAGCCUGAAUUAUAACCAGCACUCAAAGCCUCAGCUGGUUGUUGAAGCUACAGAGAUGGUUAACCCUCUCCUGGAGCCCGUGGAACACCGAGAUGGGAAGGUCUUCUUGCCUGGGAACAAGGUCCUUUUGCACCUCAACCUCCUCCGAAACCAAAUCACAGAGGUGGGGCUGGAAGGCUUCCUCACUGCUGUGCAAUACCAGGUUCAGGUCUCCAAGCCCAAGACUUCACCCAAGGCCCCCCUGGGUCUGCUGUGGCUGUCCUUGGCGAAAAACUGCUUUGACCCACAGUGUCCAACACACGUCAUGAUUCAAGAACUGAUGUUGCCAAGGGACCCUGUGAAGGCCAAGGCCAGGGAGGAGGAGGCUGCAGCUACCUAGGUCUCCUACAGGCAGCCUGUCUCCCUGGGAGGUAGCUUGGACCAGUAACAUAGUCUCUUGCUGUGCUGUUCCUUGAAAAUCACUCCAUACCUGUUUGGAACGUUUAGGUUCUUAAGUCUGUUCAUAUUCCCUGGCUAGACAGGGCCGAAUGUUGGCCUGAAUCACACCAUGGUUCCAUUGGGGGAUGAGCUGAGCUCCUGGCUAGGGCCAUUGCUCUGAGAGUCCCAGCAGCAUCCUCCGGGCCAUCUCUGUCAGCAUGCACAGCACUAGGAUGAUGGGGGUUGGUUAGCACAAUGACGGAGGGAGCGGGCUUGGAACCCAGCCUUCUCUGAUGCUAUCUCCAUGUGUUUGUCUGGUUUUCCAGAGGCCAGGGCUCUGCUUUAAAAGAUGAGGGCACUCUGGAGAGGGUACUGUAUCCAAUUUGCAUAACAAAGGCCAAACCUUAGACACACGUACACACGGCAGGCAGGUCAGCAACUAGAAAUCAUGGACAUCCAGAGCAGGGCUGCCUCUGCUGAGGGUUCUGGAGAGCCCAUGCCAACCUCCAGGGAAUCUCCAACCAAGGUAACUCUCCCUCAUCUCUAGCCCCUCCUCUACCUUCCAGAGCUCCAGCCCCGGCUGGCAAGUGGCUCUGGGGAUCUCUCCGGCUGCUCUGAGUCUCAGUCACUGUGUUAAGGUGCACCAUGGCUUUUCCAGUUAUGUCCCAGGUCCUCUAAGGCAUGGCUCAGCUGCCAUGGCUCUUCCUGGUCUGUGGGAAGGAGGGCAGUGUGGUAACCCUCUUCAUGGUUUGCAUCUGAGAGUAGGUCACAGCAGCCCUGUUCCUUCGUGUGACGUAACCACAAUGUCCUUUUCUGGGCCAGAGCCAGUUGUCCAACCUCUGCUGAGAAGGUCUACACACCGGCACUUUGGGACAGGUGGAAAGACCUGGUGCAGGAUGGCUGUGGCAGGGGCUUUCUUGUCUCCCUCUACCCAUUUUUGACCGGUCACACCGGCAGCCUCACACCCUCUAUCAGGCUAAGAAUCAUACAACCACAAUGGAAGAAUAUUUAACUUUUCUUUAAAAAAAUCUUAACCAUGAAAGGAAGAAAAUAAGAGUAUACAUUAUUUUAACAGUAAAACAGUCAUUUCCAUAUCUAUAUUUUAUAUAUUAUAUAUAUUUAUAUAUAUGUAUAUAUACACCUAGCACAGUGUGUAUGUUCAUUGUAGGGAGUGGCGUGAGGACAGGGUGAUGAGCCAACGGUGCUGUGGCCCCUGGGGAAGGAAGGGCCCUGACUUAACUCAGGGACUCCAGCAAUCCACUCCACAUCUCUCUUGAGAGUCUGUGUUGAGAUCCGUACCUGGUGUAUUGUUUCUAUGGGGCAAGUGGGGAAGGGCUGGGUAAGACACUCCCUGCAGGAGCAUUUCCUGACACUGAGAAGGCCUAGGCUUCAGAGGUGGGCAGGCCCUGGAGCUUGACAGCACUGGAAUCUGGGAGACCUCCCUGCCAGUGGGACAUAAACAAUCAUGGCCCUGUGCGGGGCUGCUGCCUGGCUCUCUGUGACUGGUUGAACAUGCCAGGGACAGAAUAAAAGGCUAAGUUAUUUACAAUGGCAAAGAUACACAUACAAUAGACAUAUUUAUAGGAAACUAAAGGGCAAAGAGGAGAGCCAGGCAUCUAGCUGUCUCGGGGCCUAGGAAGAAGAGGAGGAAGAAAGUGCAUUUAUACAUAAGCCUCCUCAAGGGCACUGUGCACAUAGCACACCCCACACUGGCUAUGUGGGGUGGAGGCCUUUCUAUUGUGGUCAGCAUGCUUAGGAGACGAAAGCCACGGAGACUUGGGCUAACAGGAGGAAGAGACACUAAACUGGACUGUCUGGUGGGAACAGACCAGGCAACAUGAGGGAUUCCCAGGCCUCACAGUAUCUUUCACGGGGAGGCUCGGAUCUCCUAAUGUGGCGCUCUGGCUCAGGCCAGACUCUGGUUGUCUGGAUGGCUAUGGUCCUGGUGACGAAGCUGUGUCUGUGGCACUGUCUUCCAGGGGGGUGUCGGAGCCUGUGGGAAGAUGGUGAGGGUGAGACGCUGGCUACAUUUGAGAGGUUCUCUUUCAUGUCCCUGGCUGAUUCUUGAGUGCCAGCUGUGACAAAGCUUAUAUGUAAUAGAGUGUGUGGAAGCUAGA